AUGAUCGGUGUCACCAACGCCAAUGAACAACAAGCCCUCAACAGAGCCCAAGGGGUCCGGCAAUUUGAAGACUCCAACCUCGGAGUCAAAGGCCUCCUCGAGUCGGGCCUCUCCACCCUCCCUCCCAUGUUCAUCCACCCGCCCGACCUUCUAUUCAGCCUCAAGCCUGUUGUUGGGCUCAAGACCGAUUCAAUCCCCAUCAUUGAUCUCUCCGGCUCCAACUCCAACCACGACCCUCAGUCAUCGAGGAAGUUGCACGUGCUGCUCCCAGCGGAGGUGAAGGCUAGGAUCUAUCGAAGGGAAUCUGAGACUGGGGUCGCCUUCUUCGCCUCCUGCAUGGACUUGCUUCACUCCAACACGGCUUGCUGGAGCUGGGACUCCUGCCGCCGGCCCUCCAUCAUUGAAGAAGUGGGAUGCGUGUCUCGCGAGCUCGGCUUCUUUCAAGUAGUCAACCACGGUGUGCCAACGGAGGUUAUGGACCACACGAUCACGGCCGUGAAGGCCUUCAACGAGCAACCGGUGGAGGCGAAGGCAAGGAUAUACAGGAGGGAGAGCGGGAGGGAGACGGACACGGGCGUCGCGUACUUCUCCAACGUUGACUUGUUUCAUUCCAAAGCGGCUAGCUGGAGGUAA